AUGCUGUCAGAAUUCCACUUGAUUUUCGUCAUUGCUCUUGUUCUAUCAUGGACUUGUGGGACCGUCCUGAACUCAUCCAUUGUAGCCGUGUAUCUCAGUGACUGGAAGAAGGGAUUGAACCUCGGUGCCUGCAAUGGAAUCAUUCUCGCCAUGGGUUGCACCAACCUACUCCUGCAGUGGUUUUUAACAUUCCAUCUGAUGUCUCUGACGUACCAAUUAUUCAUUAUUUUUGCCAAACCGUUACUUUUAUCUGUUGUUUCCUUUAUAGUAAACUUUUCAGUUUCUCUCUCAUUUUGGCUCACUGCCUGGCUCUCCGGCUACUACUGUGUGCGACUGGUCAACUCCUCCAACAGAUUUUUCAUCCGAUUAAAAAGAGGAAUGUCCAUGGUGGUUACAUACUGCCUACUGGGAACAGUGGUUACUCUGUUCAUUAUUCAAGUGCCCGUUAUUUGGAAAGUACACACUAAACUCAACCAGAAUCUAACAAAUAUUUAUAGUGCCUUCGACAAUUAUACUGAACUUGCUUCAGUUAAUGCCACAUUUGCGUGCUUCCUCCCAACUAUUAUAACUUCCUUCUGCAUUGGACUCAGCCUGAUCUCCCUUCUGAAACAUAUCUGGAGGUUGAAGCAGAAUGCUUCUCAGUUCUGGAACCCUCAGCUGAAGAACCACUUUAAAGCCUGCAGGACAAUGCUACUUCUUUUGACUGUGAACUUGAUAUUCUUUCUGGCUAUUUCUAUUUCCUUUCGGUAUAAGCUUGAUGAUCCUAGGCAAUAUGUAGCUUGGUUUAUUAUGUCGUCCAAUCCCUCAAGCCAAGCCGUAAUUCUUUUGUUUGGCAACUCCAGGUUAGCAACUGCCUGGUCAAAGGUCUUGUUUUCUCAUUAA